AUGUUGUUUAGUGUACGCACAGAGAGAGUAACGCUGCUGGAUGGCACACGUGGAGCACCACUCGACUACGACGGUGGCGGAGAUUGGCGGGAGUGGUUGACUGGCUGGCUGGAGGCGGAGACGAGGUUGAGUGAGGUGAAUCCUGAUCCACAAAUCCAGUCUAAGCUGGGCAACUAUUCGCUGGUGAAGCAUCUACUCGAUAAGCCUAAGCGCCUGUUCGGCAUCGAACAGAGUGGCAUCCCGCAGAGUCCGGCGCCCUCGCCGACGCCCUCCGCCCACAAGUCGGGCACGGACAGCUCCGGCAGAAGCUGUUCCCCAUCCUCGGGGCCGGAGUUCAAGAAGCCUGGUGGACUUCGGGGCACGAGCGCCGCGUCUUCCUCGUCGAGUGCAAGUCACCAGCGGGGCGGUUUCGUCAAACCUGCCGACGGUAAACCGCCUUACGGUGGUCGGGGUGGUUAUCCUGGCCAAUCGGUUAAGCACGGCGGCAACGAUCAUCGCAGCCACGGGUUACUUCCGGCUAAGGGCCCGCCGCUGCCUCAACCAUCCUCCACCGGGGGAAGUAACGGCACGAUACCGAUCGGCAAUUCCAGCGGAAGUGUUGUCGGUAACCUUGGCGGCGGCAUCUCAAGCCGCACUCAAUUCGCCUGCCGACUGAAGCUGAUUGAAGUUAACGGAUCUAACUCGCGAGCAUCAAUUGACACUCCAGAUGUAGAAAACAUUUUGAAGGAGAUGACCGUGCCACUUACACCACUGACGGCGAUUGCGCAGACACCGCGAAAGGAGCAGGAAUCCAAGUUCACCUUCAACCCUCUUCUGGCGAAGUUGAUGGAAGUCGCCCCACCAGAGCCUGCAAAAUCUCAACGCCAGCAUACCGCCAUCAAACCACCUGCGAAUAUCGCGGAGGAUCUGAUUUUGUCGGAUGAAGAGAGCGAGGAUGAGGAGAACAAGGAAACAUCAUCGAGACCGACGAGAGGAAACAGGAGUCCGGAUCUUACGGUCGUUGUCUCGAUACCUUUAUCGAAAAUCACGAUGUCCAAUUUUGAGCAUCGUUUGAUCAAACAUCCUUACAGUCUAUCGACACCAUUGAUGACAUCGGCGCCGCCGCCUUUGACACCUAUAUCGCUCAUGAUCAUGUCACCCGUGGGCCCCCCAUUGUCACCCCCGCGGUCGAUCAUCAGCCCGUCGAGAUACUCGUCGCCGCUACCGAAACAGACGACACCGGAGCGAGUGCUGUCUCCUCCAGCGGGUGUCAAUCAUCCCCUGCCAUCCGCGUGUUCCCCGACGAAUCCGGUUGUCGUCGGCCAACCGUCGAGUCCAGCCGAGGCGCCGCAUAGCUCCGGAAGCGCCAGCUCGAGCUCGGAUUCCGGUUCAGAUUCCGGCUCGGAUAGCAGCGAUGAUUCCGAGGACGAAGACGACCUGACCUCGGCACCGCCGCCAUCCAAGGGACCUACGACACCGCCCUCGGUUUCACCGAAGCAGGACAAUCUGGUGGAACCGCCGCCUGCUGAGGAACCUCGUCGUUGGGAUCUCAUUUCUUUUCUGCAGCAGAACGGCAACCAGAAUGCCGAAUCAAAACCUGCUCAGGAUAAUGCCAGGCGGGAAAAUACGCAUGAAAUAACGACGGAGACCAGAUCACACAGAGAACAGUCUCAUGAUUGGCAGCUCGGCGAAACCUUGAAGAGGUCUCAUAACAUGAGUUCUCUCAGCGACAGUGAUCAUCAUUCUGAUAAGGAAAAGAAUCAAUUAGUUGAAGACAAUCGCGCCCAGACGGAGAAGCCAAAAGUGGCCGAUACUAAGAAACGCGGACGACCCAGGAAAUCCAUCAAGAGUCCGAAACGCAGUCACCGGACGUCGGACGAGAAUGUAAAGAACAGCAAGUCCCGCAGCCGGACGAGAACGGUCGCCACUCCUGGCAAGAAAAAGCCACCCAAAUCGAAGGAAACGGUGACCUCAAGUGACGACGACAAUGACUCAAAAUCGCAAAGUGAUUCCGAUAGUGAUCGUCGACUUACCAAAGUGUCGGCUGUAGUACCAACAAGAAACGAAAAGAGAUCGAGACUGAGUCUGUCGUCUAGCGAUGACGAGAGUUUGCCACCGAACAGGAAAAAUAAUAAUAGUGCCUCCGAGGACGACACUGCGCGAUGGACAAGAGUUCCCCCCAUCAAGCGGAGCAACCUGUUGGACUCGCCAAAGAAGCAGGAUCAGAAGAAAAGUUCCGCCAAAGGCAAGCCUAGGCAGCCCAGAUCUAGAGUAACCAAUGUAAACGGCGGUUCGGAUUCCGAUAGUGAAUCAGAGAUGUCUGUAAGGAGUAAUCGCAUCAAAGUCGCUCGAGUGCCACCCAGACCUCGAGCACCACCAACGAGAACGACUUCGCCUGAUAAUUCCGAUAGCGAUAACAGCCCGGCGUCAAAAUUGCAAGAGGAUGACGCCGGCAACGUGCAGGACAAGAAGAAAAGCGACACGCUGCGCCACGUCUUCUCGACGUCGAGAGGCAUCGGGAAGACGGGUGGUAAAGGUGGGAAAGGUGGAAAAGGCGGUGGUAAAUGCGGUAUCUACGUAGAAGAGUACACGAGUAAUUCUGCUACGCACACACCGACGGGCGGGGACAGUCCGUACAAAAGACCGUCCUCGCGGACGUCCAGUAGUGGCAACAAUCCUCUGCUGCGCUCCCCUCCAGCACUCACACAUGUGAACGGCGUACCAAGUCUUAUGUGCAAAAUCGAUCUCAGCAGGAUAUCUUUGCAAAUUUUCUCGAAUCUAUCUAGAGGACAAGAGCUCAGACAACGCACGGAAUUGCCUGACACUAGGCCAUCUUCGAGACAAAGACCAUCCUCCAGUUUGGCGACCUUGCAACCACCGAGGUCGUCCACGCCCGAGGAGGGUGAGAUCAUCGAUACACCGCCUCCGCAACAGCAGGUCGUGUCGGAUCGUACGAGAAUCCAUCGUUCCGACGGACUGCUAGGCGAGAGUGACGGCAAGAUUUCACGUUCUGUGAUCAAGGCCCAACCGAUAUCGUCGGACUCGAAGAGCGGCGGUACUGUUCUUGGAGGUGCUGGUAGUGCUAAUAGUGUCGGUACGCUUGGUAGCGCGCCUAAGAGGAAACGUAAUCCGAGUUGUAGUUCCGUGUCUAGUUUGAGCCCUAUUCAGUGUUCAGUAGAUGCGAAAACUAAGAAUAUAUCCGAGCAUAAUAUGAAUAAUGUAUAUAUAAAUGAAUAUGGAUGA